UGGAGUCACACAAGAUGAUGUCGAUAUUUCCUGUGUUCCUGCUUUUGGGAGUGGUCUACGGCAGGCAGAUCGGUUCCUAUGGGAACGGGACGUACCUGCGUCCAAUCGUGACGCGAUCGGAGGAGCGUCGCAUCUGCGCCGAACUGUGCAUGGCAGGACUGGGUGGCGAGCCCUGCGGCGCCGACUGCGUCGACCUCACGCCCCAGGACUAUCCAGUGCAGUCCGAGACGGUCGUCGAGGCGUCAGAAGGGUCGAGACACCAGCCGCGGGAGUCCGCCUGUCCGGUCCUCUGUCGCAAUCGGCUCGGCUAUCCGCUGUGCAACUGUGACGACGAUGUAAAGCUGAACAAGCACGUGGACCUGCUGGAGGUAUGCACCUUCUACUGCCUCAGCUUCGACUACCAGCUGUCGGGAUGUCAGGACUGCGAUCUGGUGAAGAGCGCCAUCCGCAGCCACGACAAGUCCGGUCUCUCCGCCACCUACCUGAAGUCGACCAUCAACUGGAAUCUGUGGUGCCAGGCGAUGUGCUACACCGGAAACGGAGGUGCCGCCUGUGAAUGCGAUCUCCUGCCCAUGGCGGUGGCGGUCUAAGGAUGGUUACCUAAUUUGUUUGUAUCUAGUUCUUUGCUUUGCUUACCAAGUGUUUUAUUGUCCUAAUGUAAUGUUUAUCGAAAUCAAAUCACACGAUGUUCCUAUGCGUCUAGAUUGCUUUGUUUCGCAAUAGUGUUUUCAAUUUGUGCAUACCCGUUUCCGAUUGUGUUUCGGCCUCAAAAAUAGUUGUACCUGCAAAGAUUCUAAAGUAAUGUACAUAAACUAGGUUUAAGAAUGAAAAAAAAUUGUUAUAACAAAGUCACACGUCUUCCAAAUGGUGUACAUACAAUUUUGUAAAGUUCUAUAGAUCGUUGAUUUGUUAGACUUGUUUUAGAAAUUAUCCAUAGAUCUAGAAUAAGCAUAUCAUCGUUGGAAUUAAAUAUAACGAAUGCUUUUCCUGUAAAUAUGAGGUAUUGAAUUUUAUACUUUUAUCAAACUUCUUCCUACUUGUGGUCAAUACUUUCUUUUUAAUUGACGAUGUAACCUCUUAAAGCUUAUUUUGAGAAUUGUAUAAAGUCUAGGCAGAAAUUGUACAAAUAUACUAGAAUAGGAGUUGAUUUCAAUUUUGCUCAUUAAUUUUCGCAUUCAUCACUACUGUUGUGUAAAGACAAUAACUAACUAUUUUAGGAGAUGUAAAUUUUAAAUCUAAUACAUAUAAAUGUAUUGACGUUAACAUUUUAGACAUUGUGUAAUAAUGAAAUGAUCAUCAAUCUGGCUUUUAAAAGUAUUCGUUUAAAUGUUGUUAUUAUUAUGUUGUCAUCAGGAUUAAUUGUAAAUGUUAACAAAGCCAAGCGUAUUAAUUUAAAUAAACUUAAUGAAAUUGAA